GUUUACCUGAGUACAGGUGUAAUUAGUUAAUUACAAACCUGUAAUUGUACAACAAUUAAAUAAUCUAAUUAUCAGACACACAAUGAGAAAGUUGUAGUAUUCCUCAAACUUGAUAUUGAGAUUUCCUCUGUUUACACAGAGGUGAGAAAUCCUCUCCCAGACAUAGUAUAUAGUCACCCAUUAGACCCAUACCAGAUCAUAUCUUGUUUUCAUACCAAUUAAGUCUACAACUACAGUGAUCACAUAUACAGUAAUAACAUAUAUUGUUGGCAUUCAUUUGGAAGUUGAACUUUGACAUUGAUAUAUACUUUUACUGUUCUGUUUGAAAUAUUGUGAAAUUUGGAGAUUUUGAAAAAAAACACCUUAAUCAGUUUGUAAGAUGAAUACUGAGCAAGGAAACAUGUACAAUGGUGGUGACUACCAGAGUCAGAAUCAGAACCGUUCUGAUGAGGGAUUAGAACAGCUUGUUACCUCAAUAGCAGCUAAUGGUAUACCACCACCCAGAUAUCUUCAUGCUGGAGCAUCAGAAUUCUCUCUGCCUUACUUUCCACCACCCAGCAACUUACAUCAACCUGGACUAGAAUUCCAUCCAAGCUUCAAUCCUGAUGUGUAUCCUCCAAUCGGUGGCUUCCAUCCUGGGUUUCCACCAGUACACAAUGGCCUUCGAUACAAAGAAGAACCACUUCAUCAUCACAUGCAGGGACUGGCCGUACCAGCAGAAGCUCCUAGGAUGGAACAUGGUGAGAUACACAGACCUGCUGCUAUAAUGCCUGUCUACCAGGGAUACCCUGACCAAACCACUCAGUUUAUACAGCACCAACAUAACCAAGAAGUCAACAUGCCUAUUGAUGUUUGCCAAGAUGGAAGUGACGAUGGAUGUAGUGAUGAUGUUAAUAUAGGUAUCUUGCAUAAAUCAAUUCGUCCAGUUGACAAUAGAAGAGAUGUUCUAGUGGCUGGAAUUGCUUCACCAGCUGAUGUGUUCUGUGCUGUACCAGGACGUUUAUCACUUCUCAGUUCUACAUCAAAAUACAAAGUUACUGUGGCUGAAAUUCAGAGAAGAUUGUCUCCCCCUGAAUGUUUGAAUGCUUCAUUACUAGGUGGUGUUCUACGUAGAGCUAAGUCAAAGGAUGGAGGACGUACCCUCAGAUGCAAACUCGACCAAAUAGGACUAUCUUUACAAGCUGGUAGAAGGAAGGCAGCUAAUGUUACACUCAUGACAUCUCUUGUGGAAGGUGAAGCAGUACGGUUAGCUCGUGAUUAUGGAUUCUUAUGUGAGACAGAAUUUCCUUCUCAUCAAGUUGCGGAGUACAAUGUUCGUCAAUAUAAUCGAAACGACCCUCAGGAGAUCAUUGCAAGGAAAAACAUGGUACUAGCUACUAAACAAAUUCUGAAGGAGUUUAUGGAUUUACUUAACCAAGAUCGUUCACCAUUAGGUAACACAAGACCUCAACCUAUUCUGGAGCCUGGAAUACAGAAACAUUUAACCCACUUCAGUUUGAUAACACAUGGCUUUGGAUCACCUGCUAUAGUAGCAUCCCUGACAGCAGUCAACAGUUACCUGAAUGAGAUGUUAAAGAUGAUGGAUAAAGGAUUAUCACAGAGUGGUGACAACGACAAGAAAUAAAGAACAUUGUGUGAAAUAUAAUAACAUUGUUUUGUUUAAGUGCUUGUAUAUUGUGUAAGUGCUCUGGUUUUUAUGAGCAUAGUUGAGAAAUCCAUAGGACUGUGUUAAAAUUCAUCAUUGUGAUUUUUAGGAUUUAUUUUAUGAUUGAGGAUUUUAAGUGGCUUAGUUGGUGCUGAAAUUUAUAACAGAACUCAGAUAAGUUAAAAUUUUCACUAAAUACUUUGUUGUGUAUUUGAUAUUAUGAACUUAUGAUAUUUUGUUUUAUGUUUAAUGACAUUGCAAAAGGUUUGACUUUUUCGUUCAUGUGAAUCAUGAGUUUUUGUUUUGUUUAUUUAACAUGCACAUUGUAUAACUUGUUUUCAAAUGUAGAUACUAUGUUAUUAAUAUAAUUAAAGUUUUUUAAUCAAA